AAAAAGAGGAACUUGAUUUUUUAUUUGAUGAAGAGAUGGAGCGAAUAGAAGGACUAAAAAACACAUUUCCUGAUUGGUUUGAUGAUGAUUCAGAUUAUGAAAUUGAUGAUAAAGAUUUAGAUAAGAUUUUGAUUGUAACUCAGACACCACCUUACGUGAGAAAACAUCUUGGAGGAGAUCAAACAAUCCACCAUGUGUCUCAAGCAAAAAUUACAUUAGAACUUGCUGAAGUUAUCAAUGAUGGCUUAUAUUAUUACGAGCAGGAUCUGUGGAUGCAAGAAGAUGAAAACAGCCAGCCAACUGUAAAGGAACUGACCAAAAGUGAAAGCCCAGAGGAAGAGAUCAUGUGUUAAAAGAUGAACUCAGCUUUGAAAUUCAUAGCCUCAUGAGACACAU